AUAUGAAAACACAACAGAUAUUGCUAGACAUGAGAAUGAAUCUUGUUUAAUUAUAUAGUGUUAACCGGUAAAAGUACUUUUCAUCUUAAGAUAAGUUACCUCAAGUAUCUGUAUGGCCGAUUUGUUAGGAUCUUUUUUGGUGGCUGAAAAUGCUAUUGGAUGAUUCUAUUGAAUUGGAUUAUUAUAAUUAUUCAGCCAGUGCUGAGCCUUUGCCAAUGAACUGGGACCUAGAUCUGUCAAAAAUCUGGAUUCCUUCUAGUUUGUUACCAAAUAGAAGGAAACAGAUGAGUGCAAAUGAGAACAAGUCUUUUGUUUCACACACUCUGGUAAAACCUGAUUAUAGCAACACAUUUUCAGUUUAUGCUGAUGAAUGUCUCCAGUAUCAUGAAUCUCAAACAUCAUCUGCUGUACCAUAUAAAAUUUCUCAUCAUAAUUUAAAGAAUAAUGACAUCGAUAAACUUCAUGCACCACUAGCACUGCCAUCGUCCCAAAAUACUGUGAAAUGGAAUGAAAAAUCAGAUACUGAGAAUAAGAAAGAAAUUUCCCAAGGGCCUUCUGUAAAUAAUACCAAACUAAAGGAUUUUUUAAGAAAUUCUCAACAUGAUGAUUCAGUGAUUAGAAAUGCUGCCCGUUGUGGAAAGAAAACAUCAGAUACUUAUUUAGAGCAAAAGAUCAGAGGUAAACCAUCACUUGAGGAUCUGACACACAGAAUGGCUGAAAUAUUGUCAGAAGAUGAACCUUUUAAAGAAAAUUGGCACCAUGAGGAUGUUAUUAACACAAAUGCUGGCGCUACUGCUCCUAUACUUGAUAGCAUUCCGCCUAGUGCAAAAGAUUCGCUAGAAGAACUUUACUUUUCUGAUGAAGAUGAAAAUGAAUUUGAUAUUGAAGAAUACAAACUUGGAAACGUAGAAAUCAAAUUUCCAGUAAAUGAACAUACACAUAAUAUUCAUAUUAAUAAUUCUUAUAUUCAAGAGCUACCAUCUGAAUGUUUUGUGAAUAAUUUGCAGGGUUUGGAACUAACUAAGAACAGCAGUGAUAAAAUUGUCCGUCAGCCCUACGAAGAAAUAGAGAAAAUUCCAAGUGAAGAACAAAAGGUUACGUUUGAUCAGAGAGAAAAACACGAAUUGAAGGAAAUAGAGUCUGUAGAUCAUACAAAAGAUUUUGUACAAAAACUGCCAAAUUCUGAAGGGGAAUGGCAAGAUACUACAGAACAAGUUGUAGAAUAUUUACCUGUUGCAUAUAAAAGACCUCCUCUUAAAGAACAUGUUAAUAAAAUGAAACCACAAAAAGAAAAGAAAAAGGCGAAAAAAGGGAAAAUAAACAUACCUUUAGAAGAUUUAUUUCAGAAAGAAGAAACUGACAGAUUUAAAAUUCCUGAGGUUGAUGAAUUUUAUGAAAAUCUAGUUCGUCAAGGAAAGUGUAAACCACGUAAUCAGGUGGCUAAUAGGGAUGAAUAUCCUUUCGUAAACCUUUCAGAAAAGCUGAUAACUAAUUCCAUUGAAUUUUCGACUAAAAACUCUCCGGAUAAAUUGCAACAUUUAUUUUGGGAUUCUGCGCAAGUGAACCUGAGUAAUGAACCUCAAUUCAUUUCGCCAGAUAAAUGUAUAAGAAAGGAGGAAAAAGGUGAAAAGCAUGAAUUAGAUGUUUCAUUAGAUACACUAAUUAUUGAUAACAUACCUUUAAAUGUAUCGAAAGAAAACAUUGAAAGUUUCGUUUUGGGAUUUGGAGAACUGAAAAACCUGACUAUCGAACACUGUGGAAAGUUUCAAAGAGCUAAAUUACAAAUGGACGCCAUAUGUGAUGUUGACUGGAUCAUUGAUUGCCUAAAUGACAGCCAACCUUUUGGAAGCUCCGAUGCAGAAUUGAUUAAAUGUUAUCGACAAACAUAGCAAAGCAAAGAUUGUGGGCUGAAUGAUUAGCAAAACAAUUUCCUUAAAUCAUCAAAGCUUUUAUCUGUUUAUUUUUUUUAAAAAAAAAUGUAUUUCUUGACUUUUAAGAAUAUUUUUAAUAAUCAUGAAUUUAUAUCAUUUUAUCCUGUUAUGUGUAAAUAUAUUUUUACAAAAAUGAAAUCUUGUACUAUUUUAUCUCUCAAUCAGAUCAUUGCUUUUUCGUUUAUAGUAAGAGGAACUUAUUCAGAACUAACCGCCUUUGGCAACAGCUUGUUCUCAUAGAUUAUUGAUUUUUUAGUUGUUAAAUGAUUUAUAUAGAAGGCAUGUGUGUUUUUAAAAAUUCACCUUGUUGUUUAAUAUGACUAAAAAACUGAAAUUCAAUGGAAUGAAUUUACUAUGAAUUAUAAAAUGUAUAUAUUACGAAAUAAAAACGGAAUCCUACUGUGAAGUUGAUAAUUGGCAAAAGCAUGCAAAUUUAAUGGAUACGAGUUUUAAUUCCUUCAUAUCAUUUAAAAAUAUUGUAUCAGAUCAAUUGUGCAUCAUAUUGGUUUUAAAAAACUAUUAAAAUUAAGGGAAAAUUGUGCAGAAAAAAAAAUCAUAUCAUUGAAAAGAUAAUUUUUUGAACUUUAAGAUAAUACAAAGACCAUUUUUUGGAAAAUAAUUGUUUUGGUAUUAUUUGGUAAUAAUUGUUUUCUUGAUUUCUUUUAUAUCUUCUUUUCUCUGACUGAACACAUUAUUUGGUAACUUGGCUAAUCAUCUGCAGAAAAUUUCUUAUAAUAUUUUGCAACUCCAAUAAUUUACUAAGUGAAGCAUUAAAUUCAAUGCAACUGUUAAAACAUUUUUGAAACUUGAAAAUAUGAAAUGGGAUGUAUAGCAACAAUAGUUAUUAUCCUGUGUCAUGAUUAAAAUAAAGUUUAAUGAAGUAGUAUGAAAUUCGUACGAUGAUUUG